UCCAUAUUUUUGACAUCUAUUUUUCUCGAUUAGCUUGGGAAGCCCAUCAUUAUCCACGCCGUUUCAUUUCACCGGCUCAUAUUUAUCAGAGCUACUGGCUCUUAUCCGCAAGGUAUGGCUGCCGCCCUCCUCUUCACCGCCAUUCCAACCACCGCUUCUCUCUCCCUUCAUUCUUCAUCGUCGCUGUCAGCUUCUUCUUUGCUCUCUCAUCCACUCCUGAGGUUUGAUAGAACUUGUAAUGGUGUGACAUCAAGAUCCUACAUCAAUCCCCGGAUUCUUGCACCAUAUAUUUUCAAAGAGAGAGAUGCAUUGGUUUCAAAUGCAGCUUCCAGUGUGAGUGACAAUGUUGAGCCUUCCUCUGAGAGUAAAGAGGAAAACGUGUCCGUUGAGAACCUGCCUUUGGAGUCCAAGCUUCAGGAGUCUGUUGAGCGGAAAAUGAGAAUUAAAAUGGCAAAGAAAAUCAGAAUGAGAAGAAAGAGGCUAAUGAGGAAACGUGGGUUGAGGAAGAAGGGAAGAUGGCCACCUUCCAAGAUGAAGAAAAACCAGAAUGUUUAGCCUCGUAUGUGAUCUUCCUGUUGAAAAUAUUUUGUUCCAUAUGCAUCUGGAUUGGAAAGAAAUGAAAAUGAUCUGUUUUGUACUGAUAGGUACUCCUAUUCCUACUACCAAUACAAUUGCUGAUCUUUCUGUGAAAACUGCAGUUAAAGUCAUUCACUAACUCAAAAUUCAGAUCAGUGUUUGCUAACACAAUAACUCUUUGUUUUGUAAGACGCUUUUCUUCUGAUGGUCUCUUUUUUCA